CCUCGCCCUGGGUGUACGCGCUUUAAAUAAUUUCCGCCUUUUCGGCAAAAAAAAAAAAAAAGCACCUGACUUAACCAGGGGGAAACAACUAGCUGAGCAGAACAAAGAACAAAUGUAAAAGGAAUAAAAGGAGAGAGAAAAAGAGAUGAGAUUCGUUAAAAGAUUUCCAGGGGCUGAAAAGGUGGCUGCAGCGGCACAGGCGGCUCCAGCUUCCCUACCUGCGUGAGCUGCAGGCGGAGGACGUUUUCAACAGUCGCAGAUAUAACCUCAGGAACUCCUGGGUCUGUCGGUUUCUUUGCCAAAGUCUUUUCUUCUUUGGCUCAGACACUUGAAGAGGCUUCUGGAUUUUCCUGCCACCCCCGACACAAGCUGGCAGUUAUCCGGUAGCUGGCGGAGAAGUGAGCCGGUCAGAGGAUGAACGAAGGGCGUCAGCAGCGGGGGGCUGCCUCCCGGAAGCGCCUCCUGCUCCUUGGGAGGAGAGGGUCACUCCGCAGGCUGCCGGGCGGCGGCGGCACCCGGGUGCCGCGCACCCGGCUCGGGUUCUUCUUGCACGCGUGGCUGUGGGCGGCCUCGGGCUCAUCUGCCCAGGUGUUCAACCUCAGCCUUUCCAUGGACGAGGGGCUUCCCCCAGACACGCUGGUUGGAGACAUCCACGCCGGGCUGCCCAUAGCGCAGCAGCAGGAGGCGGGUGGCUUUUUUCCGCCCGAGGACUCGGACGACUCCCCGCUGCUGGACGACUUCCACGUGCACCUGGACAGCGGCAUCAUCCGCACCGCGCGGUGCCUGGACCGUGAGCGGCUGGACCGCUACGGCUUCGUGGCCGCUACGCUGCUGGGCGCCGUGGUGCAGGUGGAGAUCAGAGUCAACGACGUGAAAGAUCACUCGCCGGUUUUUCCCCGUGACUCCCUGCAGCUCCACGUCUCCGAACUCAGCCCGCCAGGUACCGCCUUCCGCCUGCCAGGUGCCCACGACCCCGACGCCGGGCUGUUCAGCACCCAGGGCUACACCCUGGUGCAACUGUCCGACCUUACCGGGGACCCCGAAGGACCAUUCUUCCAGUUGCGCUACGGAACCCUGGGGCCACCGUCGCCUCCCCUGCUGGCCUCCUCGUCGCCCCUGGGGCCCCUGGACCUGGUGCUGCUGCGGCGCUUGGACCGAGAGGCGGCUGCGGCGCACGAGCUGCAGAUCGAGGCGUGGGACGGCGGCCACCCGCGGCGCACCGGUCGUCUGCGAGUUGAGCUCCGCGUGCUGGAUGAGAACGACAACCCGCCAGUCUUUGAGCAAGCAGAGUACCGCGCGGCUCUGCGUGAGGACACCCCGGGCGCCGAGGUCUGUCACGUGCGCGCCACCGACUGCGAUCUGGGGCCCAACGGUCACGUGCGCUACCGCCUCCUCGCCCGCCAAGCGCCCGGGGCGGGCGGCGAGCCUCUGGGCGACGCGGCCUACUUCGUGGAGGAACUGAGCGGCGUGGUGCGAGUGCAGAGACCGCGAGACCGCGAGGCGCAGGCCUGGCACCAGCUGCUGGUCGAGGCCUGGGACCGAGGCGCCGAGCCCGAGGUCGCCACCGUGAGCGUGUCCAUCGCAGUACUGGAGGUGAAUGACAACCAACCUGCCAUUCACUUGCUCUUCCUCACCGAGGGCGGCGCCGCCCGCGUCUCUGAAGGCGCCCAGCCCGGCGACUAUGUGGCUCUCAUCUCGGCGUCCGACGCAGACGGCGACCUGGAGAAGGAAGAGGAGGCCGCUGGGGAGCUUAGUGUGGGCCUCGGAGGCGGAGGCAUCUCACUGUCCUUGGAGGGUGGGGAGGGAGCCUUGGCGCUGAGACCCGGCGGCUCCUCCGGAGUAUUUUUUCUUUGCGUCCAGGGGCCCCUGGACCGGGAGAACCGCGGGGUAGCGAACGACGCAGGGAUCCCGCCGCUGAGCCCCGAGGAGAUGCUGCUGCUCCGUGUCGCUGACCUCAACGGCCAGCCGCCGCUGUUCAGCCAGGAGCACCACCGGGCCUCAGUUUCUGAGGCCUCAGCCCCAGGCACUGCAGUCGUGUUGAUCAGCGCCUCGGAUGCCAACGAACCUGGCACAGACCGCGCCCGGCUGCGUUACGCGUUGAUCCAACCUCUGCCUCACUGCAUUCCGGAGACUCUGUCGUCCACGGUGAGGUGCGGGCCAUACUUCACCACUGAUCCCGAAAGUGGUGUGAUCAGCACCAUGCGGACUUUAGACCCAGAGGUCCAUGAGACGGUGGAGCUGAAAGUUGUGGCUCAGGACCUCGGAGAGCCGCUGCUUUCUGCCACCUGCCGGGUGAGCAUCACCGUGGAUGAUGUGAAUGACAACGAGCCCAUCUUCCGGAGGCAGGUGUACAAUGCUACCGUUGCGGAGCAUAGCCCAGUCGGACACUGCUUUCUGCAGGUGAAAGCCUCCGAUGCAGAUGCAGGGCUUUAUGGAUUUGUUGAAUAUUCUCUUUAUGAUGGAUUCCAAAGCUAUGAAGCACCUCGGGCAUUCCAGAUCAACCCACAUGAUGGACAAAUCUGCAUUUCUCAAGAUAUCGACAGGGAAAUGAUUCCAGCCACCUAUGAUCUCUUGGUAAAAGCCAAAGACAGGGGUGGGCUAAGCGCCCAAGCCUUUGUCCGUGUGGAACUGUAGGACACCAAUGAUAAUCAAUCUGUGUUUAACCCGUCAGCCUACGUGACGAGAAUCAGUGGUCAGACCCAGCCGGGCACUGAGAUCAUCAGUACUCUUGGCACCAACAGAGAUUCUGGGGUAUAUGGAACAGUGGCUUAUGAGCUCAUUCCCGGAGACAUGUUAUCCCUUUUUAUCAUUGACUCCACAACAGGUAUGAGUUAUUUAACAUCAACUCUUAGUCAUUUGGAAUCUACUACACUUCUGCUGAUGGUCUGUGCUCGAGAUGGUGAUGGGCUCACAUCUGCCAUUAAUGCUGAUGUCACUAUACACAUUCUUCCAACAACUCUGGUGCCUGCCGUUUUUGAAAGGUCCAAGUAUACUUUCUCAGUUUAUGAAGAUGUGCCUGAAGGCAGUCCUGUUGGAACAGUGAAAGCAAGAGAGCCCUUGAAUUCCACAGAGCCAAUCUUUUACAGAAUCACUUCCGGCAGUCUGAAUGGAAAGUUCACUAUUCACCCAUGGCUGGGCACCAUUUGUACCCAGAAGCCUCUGGAUCACAAAACGCAGCCUGUGGUUGUGCUCACCGUCCAGACGCAGCUGGCCAGCUCCCCAGGCUGCAGCAGCACAGAAGUCAACAUAACUGUCCUCGACAUCAAUGAACACCCAGCUUUUCUCGCAGACUCUGACGAGAUUAAAAUAUUUCAGUUCACACCACCUGGCACAGCUUUGUACCUCGCACGAGCAGAAGACAAAGACAGUGGCCUGAAUGGAUUUAUUCAAUACUCCAUUGAGCCAGACCCAAGCAUCUUCACCACUGACCAAGGCCUUGGUGUGGUGUUCCUCAAUGGGAGUUUGGGAGCGGAUGCGCGGCAGAAGCACACGCUGAUGCUCAUGGCCAAGGACAUCGGAGUUCCUCCUCAGGCAUCCCUGUUGGUGCUGACAGUAGUUAUUGAAAAACAAGAAUCAAGUCCACCCUUGACUUUUGAAAAUUUGGUCUAUCAAGUAGAAAUUAGUGAAUCCCUCUCACCAACUGCCCAAAUACUGCAAAUACAGGCCUACUCACUUGGCCCACAGCACACUUCACAGCUCAUGUAUUUGCUGGAACCCAGUGUAGCCUCUGCUGUGUUUGGCAUCAGCCCUUACACAGGUUGGAUUUAUUUGCGGCAACAGCUCAACUAUGAAUCCACACAAACAUAUAAUUUUAGAGUAUUUGCCUGGAUUCCAGAGGACAGAUUGUUGCAAAAUGUGAGCACCUCAGUAAUUGUUCGUGUCCUGGAUGAGAAUGACAAUUCCCCUAACUUCUUGCAUGAUGUGUUGUUUCUGAAAGUCAAGGACAGUCCUGUUCACCAAGGGGUCAUAGGCAAGAUUACAGCAGUUGACAGAGACUCUGGGAAGAAUGGACAGCUCUCAUAUUUCCUUUUGUCUGAUGAAAAAUUCUUCAAGAUGAAUCCUAAUACAGGUGAACUUAUAGGUUGGGUGGCAUUGGAUUGUGAGCAUCAAGCACACCAUCAGGCGACUGUCCUAGUGAACCACGGCUCCCCAUCACGCAAUGCCACGAUGGUGGUUUACAUCUCCGUUACUGACAUCAAUGAUAACAAGCCGUAUUUCCCACAGUGUCUCCCUGGAAAGGAGUUACACGUCAAGAGAGACCAUGGCCCUGCCAACACCCUGAAUUUGGAUUCCUUUUCUCCAGACUACCACCCGUUUGUCAGAGAUGGUUCUGAUCACUUUAAGAUUGAUGCCAACGGUGAUGAACUAAGAACAACCACAGUACCUUCGUAUGAUUGUAGACCUUCCUACAGGAUGACUGUAAUUGCCAGUGACCAGGGCAUGCCUCCCCUUGAAGGACAGGCAGUUGUUAAUAUUCAGGUGUCACCACAAUCCCAAGGGAGCACCGUCAUUUCUCAGAAUAUUAGACAUGUGGUUACACCAGAAAACUUAAAGCCUAUGAAAAUAAUGAGCUUUAUAAAAUCACCUGACCACCUUCAACAACAUCAUAGUGGAAAGUUACAUUUUUGUAUAGUUACAGAUGACAAAGAUGGUCAUUUUAAAAUUAAUGGCUCAACAGGAGACUUGUUCUUUUCUAAGGAACUUGAUUAUGAAAUGACAUCCCAUUAUCUCUUCAGGGUGGUUACUAAAGACCAUAGCAAAAAUCCUCCCCUGAAUAGCACAGUCUUCCUUAAUAUUGAUGUGGAAGACCAGAAUGACCAUUCCCCAUCUUUCCAGUAUGAGUUCAUUGUGAUAAGUAUAGAAGAGAAUGUUCCUGUAGGUACUCUGGUGUAUGUUUUCAAUGCCAAAGAUGGUGACGGCAGUUUUUUGAACAGCAGAAUACAGUACUUCAUUGAAUCCCACCACCCUGGGAUGAACCCAUUUCUCAUCCACCUGUCAUUUGGCACACUGGUCACUGCAUCCCUCCUUGACAGAGAGAGUGUUCCCACGGUCAUCCUGAAAAUAACUGCAUCCGAUCAGGCUGUGAAUGUGACAGACCGGCAACUGAGGUCACUGAUGGUGAAGGUAGUAAUUUUAGACGUGAAUGACCACAGCCCCAUGUUCAUGUCCUUCCCCAUUGCCCACAUCAAAGAAGAUGCCACGGUGGGCUCCAUGGUGCACCACAUAACUGCUCAAGAUCCAGAUGAAGGAAGAAAUGGAAGAGUAACAUACAGCAUCCUCUCAGGAAAUGAAAACAUGACAUUUGUACUAGAUGAGUCAUCAGGUCUACUAACUACAACUUGUCCUUUGGAUCAUGAAAUCCAAGCACAGCACAUUUUGACCCUUCUGGCACCAGAUGAUGGAAUACCGGCACUUUCUUCAUCCCAGACCUUGACAAUUACUGUUCUUGAUAUAAAUGACAAGGCACCAGUGUUUAAGCAGCUCCUGUAUAACGCAUCAGUUAGAGAAAACCAAAAUCCAAGAGAGUUUGUCACAAGGGUAGAAGCUACAGAUAGAGAUUCAGGAAUCAAUUCCAAGCUUCAAUUUGAAAUCAUGCCAGGUGCUUCAUUUGGGUUGUUCGAUAUCAAUCCUGACACGAGAGAGGUAGUGACAGCUGCCACACUCGACAGAGAAGUCCAGGAAGUCUUCACCCUCAGAGUACUUGUGCGUGAUGGGGGCAUCCCUUCGUUGUCCAGCUCCACCAUGAUUCUCUGCACUGUUGAAGAUGAACGUGAUCAUGCACCAGAGUUUAUCGUCUCCUGGCGUGACACUGAGGCAGAAAACCGAGAGCCGGAGGUCAUCUAUACUGUUUUGGCCUCUGAUAUGGAUGCUGGCAAUAAUGGAGCUGUCAAGUAUUACAUCAUUGAUGGAAAUACUGAGGAGUACUUUACUAUUAAUGAAACAUCAGGAAAACUGUCAACUACUCGUGCUUUGGACCGGGAGCAGAUCAACAACUUUGCCCUUGUCAUCCUGUGCUCUGAUCUGGGGGAUCCACCUAGAAGCUCUGUGAUGCAGCUGCAAGUUACGGUUUUGGAUGACAAUGAUCACAGCCUCUGCUUCCUCAUGCUUCAUUACCAGUCCUCUGUGAGAGAAGAUAUUGAAAUGGGAGCAGUGGUUCUCAUGCUCUCUGCUAUGGAUGAAGAUGAAGGCCCAAAUGGGCAAAUUGAGUAUUUUCUGAUGGAUGAGGCUUCUGGUGCAUUUAUCAUUGACCCUGUGGCAGUCAUAUUGAGAACUGCCCACACCCUCGACCGAGAAGCCAGAUCCCAGCAUACAUUCAGGGCGGUGGCCAGAGACUGUAGCAUCCAGUGCUCAAGAAGCACCACAGUAAUUAUAAAUGUGCAUGUCACUGAUGUCAAUGACAAUGAUCUAAUCUGGGGGCAGAACCCCUUUGAUCUUUUUCUUUCCCCCCAGUUGCCUGCAAACCUGACGAUUGCCAGCCUGAGAGCUGAUGUCCCAGACCUGGGGCCCAAUGGAACUGUCAUUUUUAGUUUUGCAGAAACCCAGUCAGUGUUUUCUAUUGAUAAACAUACAGGAGAAAUUCAGCUUCAGCAAAGCCCACCUUCAGAAUAUCUUCCUAUCUGGCUUCAGUUAAAAGUUAUGGACCAAGGAGGCCCAGCCAGGACAACCACUGGUCUCUUGGUCUUUCACAUGGAUGGAGAAGAUGUAAAGCUUUCCUUCACUCACUAUCUCUAUGAAGGAAUUGUGACAUAAAAUUGUGAAACAGGUACUUCCACUGUGACUGUAAAAGCUUUUACUCCUGACUCAAUUGGGGGCAAGAUUAAAUAUUUGAUUUUUAGGAAUGAAGAUGGAGUAUUUUCCCUGUGCUCUAACUCAGGAGAACUCACUGUGAAAGAACCCAAGUUUCUUGAUUUUGAAGUCAGAAAUGAAAUACAACUCAUCGUGUUAGCUGAAAAGGGUGGGCAUAGAGCCUACAGCAAAGUAGCAGUCUUGGUCCAGGAUGUGAAUGAUAAUUUACUGUGUUUUGAGAGAAGUGUUUACCAUGCAUCGGUGUCUGAAGGCCAGUUCUACAAUGCUCAUAUCAUACAGGUUUUUGCUGCUCACCCAGACAGUGGGUUGAACAGCCUCCUUGAGUAUUCCAUUCUUUCUGGCAACCCAGGAGAUGUGUUUCAGAUUGAUGCACUGAGUGAUGAGAUAACAACUAACAUGAUUCUGGAUUACAAGUCCACCGGCUCCUGCAGCUUGAUUGUUCAAGCCACAGACAAAGGGAUGCCCCAGCUUUCUGCUACAAGUGUGAUGGAGAUAUAGGUGACUGACAUAAAUGACAAUGCCCCAGCUUUCCUUCCCUCAGAAGCCGUGGAAGUGGCCGAAAAUUCUUUGCCUGGUGUAAUUGUGACUCAGGUAUUAGUUCAUGACGUAGAUUUGAAUCCAGCUUUCAUCUUCAGUUUCACCAAAGAGAAUAAUCCUGGAAUCAAGUUUAUUGCUGAUCAGAACACUGGGAUAGUGAUGCUGGUGAAAACAUUGGAUUUUGAAGAAGCUACUGAAUAUGAGCUGCUCAUCCAAAUUUCUGAUUCAGUGCACUACACAGAGGGAAUGCUCAUGGUCCAUGUGUUGGACGUCAAUGAUAAUCCACCAGUGUUUUCUCAAGAUUUCUAUCAGGUUAAGAUGCCUAAGUCAGUACCUGUGGGGUACUCAGUGCUGAUGUCAGCCACAGACGUGGACAACAAGAACAUUUCUUACAGAAUCCUUUCCUCUCCUAUGGAGUUCUCAAUUGACCCUGUGAAUGACACAAUAUUUACCAUCCAUCCUGUAUCACUUCUGGAUAAAAUAUCAACAAUUCGAUUUCUUGUUGAAGCUAGUGAUGGUGGAAUUCCUGAGUGGAAAGCUCUUGCAUUAGUGGAGAUAGAAAUACAAGAUAUGAACAGUUAUGCUCCUGAGUUUACAGUAGAAUACUACAAUCUUAGCUUAAGUGAAGAUGCCCUAAUUGGAGGCACCUUUAUCAGAUUUUCAACUUUUUAUCAUGACUGGACCCAUGAAAACACACAUGUUGAGUAUUCCAUCAUCAGCAGUAAUUCACAGAAACAUUUCAGUGUGGAAACUAGUUGCACUCCUCCGGAAUGUCCUUACACUCAAGUUGGUUAUCUUGUGUUGCUUCACAGUAUGGACAGAGAAGUAGCUGUAAGUCAUCAGCUUGUUGUUCUAGCAUCUGACCAUGGCUGCCCUCCAUUGAGUUCCAUAGCCAUCAUAUCAAUAGAAGUACUUGAUGUCAAUGAUAAUCCACCUAAAUUCACCCGUCUAGAAUAUCAUGCUCACAUCAAGGAAAGUACAUUUUUAGGGAGUCACAUCACUGUGGUCUCAGCAAAUGACAGUGACAUGGGUUAUGCUGAAAUCAUCUACCACCUAAUCUCUGGAAAUGAGAGGGGGCAUUUUCACUUAGAAGAAAAAACUGGAGUUCUGCAUUUGCUUAAACCUCUGGAUUAUGAGGAAACAGCAAAAUUCACUUUAACUGUCCAAGCUUCAGAUGAAGAAAAUAAAUAUUUUUCUUUUGCAAUUGUGUUUGUCAGUGUCCUGGAUGAUAAUGACCACACACCUCAGUUUAUGUUCCCCAAAGUGAACUGUCCUGUUCUAAAAAAUCUGCCUGUAUCCUCUACCAUAUGUUCUGUAAAUGCUUUAGAUUUUGACAGGGGUCCUUAUGGAAAACUGACAUAUUCAUCACCCUGUUUUAGCACUCCUAAACAACGUUAUGAUCAUGAUCUCUUCCUCACUGAUCCUUUUACUGGGGAUAUACAGGCUAAGCAAAUCCUUGACCAUGAACUUGAAAAUAAAUACUGCAUCACAGUUCAGGCAAAAGACAAAGAUGAUGCAACAGCCUUCUUAAUCUUGUGGGUGGAUAUUGAAGGGAUAGAUGAAUUUGAACCGAUUUUCAUACAAGAUCAAUAUUUUUUCAACCUUCCAUAUAAAAGUGAAGUAAGACAGUUGAUUGGCAAAGUGGAAGCAUCAGAUGUUGAUGCUGGUAUUGAAGGAAUUAUUCUUUACUCCCUUGGAACCACAUCUCCUUUCUUUUCAGUAAAUAAAACUAAUGGAAAUAUCUAUUUGACUAGAGCCCUGCCCCUAGUAAAAAGUUACAUUAGCAAAGAAGACAUUAUUGAAAUGAACAUAAUCGCUCACAGCCCUAAACUGGACUCCAAGUUUACAUCUUGCACUGUUUUUGUGAAUGUGUCAUUUUCCCCUGAAGGAAAAUACUCAGCAGUAUCAGCCAACAGUUUUUCAAUCAGCCUUACGGCUUCCUUUCUAGUGUUUCUGUUGCUGGUAUUCAUUCUAAUUAUACUAGUUUUAAGACAUAAACAAAAAGAUACAGUAAACAAUUAUGAGAAAAAGAAAACCUCAUCUUCCUUAGAUGUCAAUUUGAGAUUGACUGGCGAUGUCAAUAUGCUCAAGGCCUUCCAGAAAACGAAUGAUUGCAGUAACGAGGAAGUGCCCGUGGACUCCCUGCGCAUAAGCAUCAUGGAGAAGGACAUAGUACAUCUGUACAGACACUCAAAUUCCAGCAGCCACUGUUCUGUGGAAGGAGAAACUGCAGAAGAUAAGGAAAUCCAGAGGAUAAAUGAGCAUUCUUACAGGAAGGACUCUGGUUCAGCUCUGAUUGAUCGGGAUUCCAGAGUGCCAGAUUCUGGAAUCCCAAGGGAUUCAGACCAGCUCUCCUGCUUGUCUGGAGAAACUGACCUGGUGGUCACUGUGGAAACAGAAAAGAGGCAUACACUGGAGGAAGGAGAUGGAGGAGGAAGCCAUGGUACAACCUACAUUCAAAAUGAUGCUUUACCUCCUACACUUUAGAAGAGAGGGGUAAAAGAGGACAUCCUGGCUGAUGUCAGAAAAGAUUACAUCUUCAUUUCAGGUGAUCAGGAAGCAAGAGGUGCAGCUCCUUCAACCCAGAUAAGCUCUGAUCACGAUGUAAGAGAUGGUGGUAUCUGAGACCGUCUCCUCAGUUGGGAACCCAAGUUUCAACCUCUUGCCUCAGUAUUUAAUGAUAUUGCAAAACUGAAAGAUGAACAUUUGCAUAUGCCUGGUCUUCCAAAAGAUAAGAAAUGUUUUGUUUUUCCACAACUUUUGAUAACAGCAGUAGCCUAGUCUGGAAUUAGAGCACUUCCACCAAGAAUGCCAGCCACAACUUCAGGGCAGGUACUUCAGAAAUACCCAUACUCCCCCAUUCUCUACCAUCAUUCUCUGCCAGAAGCCAUGACUCCCAGUUUUUCUCCAUCUCUUUCCCUAUUGACCAUACAGACUCCUGCCAUGUCUUCACUGUUGUCAAGCGCGGAAUUAUUAGGAACACACUUAAGUAGUUCUUGCCAUGAAAGGAAAGCAGAAGAUGAAGCUCAAAUAUAAAAUGACGGUAAUCCCAGGCACUUGUACACCAUCAAUUAUGAAUGACUGAACAAAACUUCCUCAAGAAAGCACCUCAAGAUUGGAAGAUUCUGAUCUAAG